UCUGUAUAAAAUAUGGAGUUUGUAGAAACAGAUAGGGAAAAAAAAAAAAAUCCAAAAACAGCAGUAAAACCAAAAAGAAAUGGCAGAUUCAUCAGUUAUUAAUCAGCAAUACGAUCGAUUGCAAAUGCUCAAAGCUUUCGACGAAACAAAAGCCGGCGUCAAAGGCCUCCACGAUUCAGGUCUGCUCAAACUCCCCCAAAUCUUCGUGAGGCCAUCGGAGGAGCUGAUUGCAGAUCUAAAACACGAAAACGCUCAUCAAUUUCAAGUUCCUGUGAUCGAUCUGAGUGGCGUCGACGACGGCGGUAGAAGAAAGCAGAUCGUUGAAGAAGUGAGAAGUGCUGCUGAAACAUGGGGGUUUUUCCAAGUGGUGAACCACGGGAUUCCUCGAUCUGUUUGUGAUGGAAUGAUCGACGGCGUCCGCGAUUUCAACGAGCAGGAUGUGGAUCAGAAGAAGAAGUAUUAUACGCGAGAUAUGAAGAGAAGUGUGAGAUAUCACAGCUGCAGUUUUGAUCUGUUCAGGUCGAGAACUGCUACCUGGAAGGAUACGUUAACCAUUGCGCUUAAUUCUGGCUCUAAUCUUUUCGAUCAUCACGAACUGCCCCCUGUUUGCAGAGAUUCAACUGUUGAAUACUCAAAACAUGUCGAAAAUUUGGGAAAUAUUCUGUUGGGGCUAUUGUCUGAAGCUCUGGGACUAGAAACAGAGUUUUUGGGAAACAUGGAAUGUUCAGAGGGGCAUCGUCUCCACUGCCAUUACUACCCACCAUGCCCUGAGCCUGAGCUCGCAAUCGGCUCGACGAAGCAUUCCGACGCAGGAUUCCUCACAAUUCUUCUGCAAAACCAAGUUGUUAGCGGCCUGCAGGUUUUAUGUCAAGGCCGAUGGAUUGAUAUCCAACCUGUUCAAGGAGCUUUAGUCGUAAACAUUGGUGAUCUUCUUCAGUUGGUGUCAAAUGGGAAAUUCAGGAGCAAUGCGCAUAGAGCGAUAGCAAAUCGCAGCGGACCAAGAAUUUCAGUGGCAUGUUUUUUCUCUGGACCUUUAUAUAACAUGACCAAGAUUUAUGGCCCUAUCGAGGAGCUUAUUACAAAAGAAAAUCCAGCAGUUUACAAAAUGGUUGUGAUGCGUGAUUAUCUAAUGAAUAUCUUGAAUACUUCAUUAGAGGAUUAUCGAGCUCUUGAUUAUUACAAGGUGUGAAGAUGGUGAAUGUAAUGGAUGAAGCUUAUAUCAGUGCUCAAGCUUAUGUAGUUGUACCAUGCUUUAAUUACUAGCUAGUUUAUAUGAUCUCUCAAAAUUUACAAUA